GUUUGCGCACACUGUCACGAGGAAGAAACGGGUGCAUGAAAAUGGGCAGGAACAGCAAGAACACAUCACAGACUGUAUGAAACAGACAGACUGUGGUGUUACACCAGGUAAGAAUGGCUGGGAGUCCAGAGUCUAAACUCCAGCUGGUCCAAAGACACAUCCGAGCCUUCCCGGACUUUCCGAAGAAAGGCAUCUUGUUCAGGUAAGAUACCUGUCUCUGUUUGCCGUUUAAAAGUCUGAUGUUUUAUAGACCUGUCUAAGCUGUAUCUUGACACUUCAGUCCGGAUCCUUAUACUAGACCAAGCAGAAUAGGUGAGUCUGCCAGGGCAUGUGAGGCCUUAUGCUCCAUGCACAAGUGGAGAGAAACUUCCACUCUGACAGAUACGACCCACGCUGUUUAUGGCACGUGCAAAAGUAACACCCUGAACAGUACAUUAACUACAGAAGACGGCGACCCGAUCAGCGCGUGCACAGCUAUUUCCAACAUAAAAGCAAUGACGGCAGAGUAGAAAAUGCAUCUGAGGAAGAAAAAUCUGUUAUAUAAUGACAGCCCCUUAAAGACUGAUCUACGGAGAGAAUGCGAUAGCACGAGUCACACAAACUACCGUGACCUUAAAUGACUGCUUACAAACUUAAUGUCUGAUGAAUAACAUAAGCUUAUGGCAGAAUCAUUAUUAUUAUUAUUAUUAUUAUUAUUUAAAGCCCCUGGUGUUAUCGCCUGGGGUGAACCAAGUACUCACCUUUAUCCCUUGUGUCAAAAUAUACUCCUGGUAAAUAAUUAUUACAAUACAAGUAAGAGUUACUCAGUCAGUAAUAACUUCACGAUAUUGUAAUUGUGUGUGUGUGUGUGUGUGUGUGUGUGUGUGUGUGUGUGUGUGUGUGUGUGUGUGUGUGUGUGUGUGUGUGUGUGUAAUAUAACGUAAUAUUUUCUUUCUGUAUGAUUGCUGUCGAGAAUACAUGGACUUCAAUAACAAUCUGUUUUUAAAUGUAGUUAAUUCAAUAAAAUAAUUUACCCCCCAAAAAUGAUACUCAAGUAAAGUCUAAGAACAGGUUGGUUUACUUUGCUAAUAGUUACUACAUAUGUUGGACCCAUAUUACUCUGGCAUCAGAUUACAUAUCCAUGAAUACGUAUUAAAAGAACUGAAGAGUAAAAGAGUGAAAAUCUACAGUGUAAAGGUGCAGAUGAUAAAGUUAUUGGAUUACACUUAUUCCUCCUCAUGCCUCCCACCCUUCAGUUUGAUGAAGUCCAUAAAAUGGUGUAACGUUUUGUUUGUGUUUAAGUGUUUGCUCAGUUGAGGUAACCUAAGGCUGGUUGCAGUCAGUUAUAGCCCCGGGCCAGAGAAAUACUGUUUGGUCAUAUUAACAGAAGUCAUCAGUGACCUGAGGGCUUGAUUCACUGUCUGCAUACCGUCAAUGGCUUGGUCAGGGUACACUUUUUUCUUUUUUUUUUUUUUAGAUACUGUAGAAAGAAAAUCACUUAAUAACACAAUUCUAUUUGUUUCAAUCUUUUAGGACUUUAUUUUAAUCCAGGGUUAGUACAUUAAAGCCAGAUAAACCUUAAUUUUCCAAAGAUGCAGCCAACGGGACUACCAACAAGAUUCUGUGUUGAACUAGGACCUGCUUUAGUUUUAAGUUUUUUAGUAGUUUAUUUUAAAUACAUUAUAUUUGUUUUAAAUGCAUUUUUAGUUUACAUCAAAUGAAUUAUAAGUAAAUAAAAAUACUGACUUCUUUAGGAUGUUGGCUCUAUGUGUACUUUUGUGUCCUGCAGAGAUAUCUGUCCCCUCCUGAAGGAUCCAGCUGCUCUGACAGCAGUAAUUGACCUGUUUGAAGAACAGGUGAGGAAGAAUUACCAGCAGGUGGAUCUGAUUGUAGGUAAGAAUACAGAGCAGUCUUUUUAAUGUUGAAAUAUUAGUCUUUGCUUGAUGUUGAUUGUGUAGAUAGUCCUCUUGCUAGAGGGGUAUGAAAGGGUCAUUAAAAGUCUUGAUGAAAGCACCUCUAUUGCCAUCAGUGAUUCUUACAGACUGAAGUUUGAACAGUGGAAACGCAUCAGUACUUGACAAACAAGCACAUGUGAUAUAAUACCAACACCAAGGCUGGGUGGCUUUUGUUUGAACAGAAGCUGCUUAACAUACAGGGCAGAGUCUGAGCUGUUAUAAGAAAUGCAUUCAGCUUAUUUACUGAGGUCCCGCAAUGAGCACGGUGGAAGGCUGCAUUUUCUCUAGAGUAAUGGGUUGUUCUAGCAUAGCUAGGUCACUCAUUGUGAGAUAACAGAGGGGAAGGACCUUAAGCUGCAAGAGGAGUCCUUUAGUCCUUUGCUAAGAUGGUGAUGGUGGUUGGGAGAGUGAGGUGAUUUUAUCCGUCUUUUAAAUCAAAUCAGCAGCCUAUACCAUUUUAGUUGUUCAGACACUAGUAAGCAGUGCAGCAUAAAGCUUAGUAAUGGAUGACAUCUUUAGAGGUCACAACAAACAUUUUUCAAAGUUCCUCAGCACAUUAGUUUGACUCUCUUUCUGGAACUUUGUUUUACUGCCUUAAACCUGUCAAUGCUUCACCACCUAACCACAUACAGUUGUGUUCAAAGCUGUCCCACAUCACUAGCAAGAUAAAUAACUGUUUUUGUUAGAAUUUCGACUUCUACACUGCAAAAAAGUUUCUAGGAGGUUUAGUAAAGGUAUAGAAAACCAACGAACCCAACAGGCAGGACGUGUGUGCUGAUGAUUCUGUGAAACUGAAUCAUUUACUGAAAGGGGCGUGUUAAAAAAAAUAGCAGUGCUGAGUUUAAUUCGUAAAGUCAUUGAUUAUGUGAAAAAAAUAGGUGGUUAACGGGUGGCCCUUAUUAAAGGAUCAAGGCAACUGAUGCUGCAUAUGCUGGCUGUGCAUUUUUCCUUGAAAAACUGAGUAAAAUGUGUCAUUCAAGACAUUGUUCAGAAGAAGAGCAUUAUUUGAUUAAGAAAUUAAUAAAAGAGGGGAAAUCCUAUAAAGAAGUGCAGCAAAUAAAAGGAUUUUAAGCUAAAAUGAUAUCAAAUGCUUUAAAAUGGCAGCCAAAACCCGAAAGGCGCUGAAGAAAAAGAAAAACAACUAUUAGUAUGGAUCGGAGAAUAACCAAAAUGGCAAAGGCUCAGCCAAUGAUCAGCUCCAGGAGGAUCAAAGAAGAUCUAAGAUUGCCUGUGGAAACUGUAACAAUCAGACGACGUCUAUGGAAAGCCAAGCUACCACCAAGAAGCCCCGGCAAAGUCCCAUUGUUAAAAGAAAACACGUGUGCUGAAGCGGUUACAAUUUGCCAACAAGCACAUUGACUGGCCUAAAAGAAAAUGGUGUAAUAUUUUGUGGACUGAUGAGAGUAAGAUUGUUCUUUUUGGGGUCCAAGGGCCACAUUCAGUUCGACAGUCAUCCUGCAAAUACUGAAUUGUAGCCGCAGUACACAGUGAAGGCGGUGAAGCAUGGUGGUGCAAGCAUUAUGAUAUGGGGAUGUUUCUCGUACUAUGGUGUGGGUCGUAUUUAUCGCAUACCUGGGAUCAUGGAUCAGUUUGGAUCAAAAUACUGGAAGAAGUCAUGUUGCUGUAUGCUGAAGAGGAAAUGCCCUUGAAAUGGGUGUUUCAACUAGACAAUGGCCCCAAACACACCAGCAAGUGAGCAAAAUCAUGGUUCUAGACAAACAGAGAUCAAGUCAUGGAGUGGCCAGCCCUUAAUCCCACAGAAAACUUGUGGGCUGACAAAAAAUGCUGUUCGUGAGUCAAAACCAAGAAAUGCAGAGGAAUUGUGGAAUGUAGUACAAUUGUCCUGGGCUGCAAUACCUGUUGACCGGUGCCAGAAGUUGGUCGACUCCAUGUACCACAGAUGUAAAGCAGUUAUCAGAAACUGUGGUUAUGCAACUAAGUAUUAGUUUAUGAUUCUCAGGAAAGUUGAAUCUUCACUGCAGUGAGUUUGUAAAGAAAGAUGUCAACACUGCUAUUUUUUUAGCGUUAUAUUUCUUGACUUCCUGUAAAAUAUGAUCAAAUUCAAUUACUUUUUCCAAUUUUCUUGCUUUUAAAUAUAAUGUGCAGUGUCCCCAAUGCAUUUGUGUUCAUUAAAAUACAAUUUAUUUGAAGAAUUUUGAGGUUUAGUCACCUUUUUAAAGACACUGCUAUUAUUAUGAUCAUAACUGUAGCUGUCGGGGUGUAGCUGUGUGUGGACAGUGUCCAGAACGUUCUACUAAUAGAUGAUGAAGAGUGAACUAAAUCCCUGUGAAUGUUGUUCAUGAGCUCUUCUCCAGAGGUUGUUUGGAAAUUACAAAUACAGCAUCAUCUAUGAGUCUAAAACCUGACAGUUAUAUGGUAAAAGUCGUCAAAGGAAAGAGGGACAAGCUGUUAUUAAAAACACUUGUUAAUUUUUGAGCCCAUGUAUUGGUGUUUUUAAAAAGGUUAAGGGCAUAAAUAAAAGUGUCAUUACUUAUAAUCUGGACUAAUUAACCAUUUCUACCCUUUUAUAUCAGUGACGUUUGUUUUGUUUCAGUUCAACUUAAAUGUGGCUUUUGUGUGCAGGUUUAGAUGCUCGUGGUUUCCUCUUUGGUCCUCUGCUUGCCCAGAGGCUUGGUAUUGGUUUUGUCCUAGUAAGGAAGAAGGGGAAGCUUCCAGGGACCACUGUUUCAGUGGCAUAUGAAUUGGAGUAUGGCAAGGUAAGAACACAACACAAAAAUGACUAGAAUUUAGCAUUACUUUCCUGGUAAAUAUUACACUAUUAUACUCAUGUAACCAUUUUCCUUUCAGUAUAAGACCCCAGUAGAGAAGCUUUGAAUUAUUUGCUGCUAAAAAACAAACAAACAAAACAACAACAAAAACGAAAAAAAACACAUUUAUCUUAAACUGGCAUCUGGGAAAACCCUCAUUUGUGCCCUUCAGCUGCUGCCUGCAAUGCUGCAUUUAGUUUUGGCUGCUUUGCAGUGGUAUCAAGUUGAAAACAGCUUAGUGGUUUCCUAAUAACACCGUUAUGUAGUCACAAAGAGUUAUACGUCUACCAAAAACAUCUGGCACCAGCUGUUUUCACCCUCUUAACUCUCCAUUUGGCCACAUGGUGUUUGUGAGUUAUUGUAAUGUUAGUUUCUUUGAUGUUGCUUAUCGCCUGUGGUUCUGAGCAUUCAUGGGAGAUCUUCAAAGGUAGAACAGCACCAGGUUUCAGUAACAUUUGAGAUGCAAAUCCAGCAUACAGUGACCUGUGUUUACAAAGGAGCUGUUGAUACAGUGGGAAGUACAUGUGGCUACCUUGUGGUCCUGAAAAUAUUGAAAACUUCUCACUGUCUCUCUCAGUCUUCAGGUGUUUGUGUUGGAAAUAGAAAACAGCUGAGACUUAAUGAAUCUGUAAAGUGGCAGAGUGAUGCAGACAUGGUGAUAACUUUUUAGGCUUGAGUGAAAAAGUACCAUAUCUCAUCCUUUCCUGUGUGUGCUCUCUGCUCUGCCCUUGUCAUCAAACAUAAUCUCAUGUGUCAUUUUGAAGUGCUGCUUUUGUGUCUGCAGGCAGAGGCAGAGAUCCAAGAGGACGCAGUAUCUCCAGGACAGAAAGUCCUGCUCAUCGAUGAUCUUUUAGCUACUGGAGGUGAGAAUCUUUCACUUAGAUCUGUUCACCAAAUACUGUCAUUUAGAGUGACACCUGUGUCAAAAAAACAGAGGGGAAAGUUUUGAAACGCUUACAAAAACAGUUUCUUCACUCAAAUAGACAGCAGUAGUUAAAAUGGUUCACAGGUUUAGUAUCUGAGAGUCAUCACCACUCCUCAGUCCUCAGGCUUUUUUUGAUGAACUGUUUCUUUGAGACUGCAACUUUAAAUGGUCUUGUCCCAUCUGCUGAAGGCUUUGGGGACCAGAAAUCUUCUUCCUUCUCUUCAGAUGUUGUUUAGCUUUAUAAUAGACAGUCCCUGCUUUAGAAUGGGGGGAUUAGGGGGACGAUUAACUGGUUCCUCUCAUUCAAAGACAGGCUGUUAGUACCAUAAGCAGAUCAGUUCAGGGUUGUGUAGCACUGUGAUUAAGUGAUGUCAAAUAACUGUUGGACCUGCUCGUGUUUUGAAGUCAAAUUCAGAGGUACGUGUGUGUGUGUUUCAGGGACUUUGUUUGCUGCCUGUGAGCUGAUGAAGAAGCGGAAGGCUGAGGUUUUGGGCUGCAUGGUCGUCAUUGAGCUCAAAGAGCUGAAUGGUGUAGAGAAAAUCAAACCACAUAGUCUUUUCUCCUUACUCCAGUAUUGAGGACCACUAUAGCUUCUACACUGGCUGUUCAACAGUGUUUGACUGAUUCCAGUCAGAUGUUUCCUGUUGCCUCACCACCACCAUCAUGCCCUACAGUUCUUUUAACUCCUGAACACUUGACUAUAUUUUGUUAUUUGGUCAUGUUUUGUACUUUAAACUCUUUGUCUGUUUGCACUGUAGUUGCAGGGCUGGAGCAUUACCCAGCAUGCUGUGGGCUUCUAGUGAGGGCUCUUUUUUUAAUGAGACCUUUGCUCACAAAACAUCCGGGUUGUAAGUCUGUGGAACUGAAUGAAAGGAUGAAUUAAACUCUUUUGAUGAACUUGAACAGUAUAAAUGACUCAUAAGCUGCAGAUUUCACCCUGUUGCUCUUUUUCAUGGAUCCUGUUUGGAUCCCUUCACAGACUGGCUGUAAGUGACAGGCUUAUUGUGGUCACUCCACCGUAGUUGGAGAUGAUCUCUGCCUUGAACAGACCAUCACAUAGAGCAAGUGUUUACACUGAGCAAAUUUCCAGUCAUGGUGUUGCACACUGUUGGUAAGGCAGCACUGAUUCAGCCCAAGAAUCGUCCUCACAGGAGAGCACCAAAAGGAGUAAAAGUUGGUGAUGAGAGGGGAAGCCAUGAGUGGAGAGUCUUCAGGAGCCUGUAUUUUUUCUGAUUGACUGUUCUUCCUGCUAAUGGGUCCUGUCAUGUUCAGUCUUUGUUCUUUUUUCCCCAAACAGGAAGAGAAACAUUUCAGUUUCCAGAAAGACCAAAUCUUUUCUUUUCCCUCAGUUUUUAGUCUACAUCACAGAUUUUUUUUUUCCAGUUUACCAGUGAAAUUAGAUUUUUCAGGAAUGUGUGUCUGGGACUCAAAGGUUUUAUCAGUGUGAUGGGUAGGCUAACUAUUAUUCAAACAGAUUUGCUGUGUUAUGCUAACAUGAACAUCUGUUAAAUAAAACUGCCAGCCCCAGUGUAGUUCUUCCUUCAUUGUUUCAGUGUUUUUCUUAAAACUGUUUUAGCUUUUUGUCUGUUUGUUUUGAGUCAAAAGAAUUUCAGUAUAAAACAUGUAAACUGGU